AAUUCCAAGGCCUUGUGGUGUGCUUGGCACCCAUGGGUGCUGGGGGGGGGGGGGGUGUGUGUGUGGUAUCAGGCUCCCCUUUGCACCCCUGUGGCCGGAGAGGGCUGCACCGUGGCGGGGGGGGGGCCAUGGGCCGGUGCCAAGGGAGGAGGGCAGGAGGGCCGGCCCCGCCGCAGCGCCGCCCGGACGCGCCCGCUCGCCUCCACCUCGCCCCAGCCCGGGGUGCCGGAGGGGGGGGACACACAGAGGACACCCCGAUCCCCGUGGUCCCCCCCCUCUCCCCGCCACCGGCCAUGGGCAUCCAGGGCAUGGAGCUCUGCGCCGUGGCCGUGGUCAUCCUCCUCUUCAUCGCCGUCCUCAAGCAGUUCGGGAUCUUGGAGCCCAUCUCUGUGGAAGACGGCGGCGAUGUCGAGGUGGAGCUGGCGGCCGCGCGGCACCAACCGGAGGAGCUGGAGGAGCUGCUGGCACGGACCAAGUUCUCCAGGCGGGAGCUGCGAGCCCUGUACCGCGGCUUCAAGAGCGAGUGUCCCAGCGGCCUCGUGGAUGAGGAAACCUUCACGCUCAUCUACUCCCGGUUCUUCCCGCAAGGCGACGCCAGCACCUACGCGCACUUCUUGUUCGACGCCUUCGAUGCCGACCGCAACGGGGCCCUCUGCUUCCAGGUGAUCCAUGAGCUCUUCCUUCGGGAUCACAGCUCUGCUCUGGCUGGAGCCGGUGCCAGGGUUGAUGCCGGAACUGCGGCACCGGCUUCACCGCGGGGAUUAAAAAUAGCUGCGAGCGAGAAUGGAAACGGGAUCAAUAGGGAUAAAACACAAUUCCCACCGGGGCGUCCGCCAGCGCCGGUGCAGGGGUGUGAGAUGAGGGUCCCAUCCCUCGGGUGCCACAGGGAUGUUCCCACUCAACCCCAGUUCCUCCGGCAGGAUUUUGUCUUGGGGCUCUCGGUCCUGCUCCGGGGGACGGUGCAGCAGAAGCUGCAAUGGGCUUUUAACCUCUACGACAUCAAUAAGGACGGCUGCAUCACCAAGGAGGAGAUGCUGGAGAUCAUGACAUCCAUCUAUGACAUGAUGGGGCGCUGCACCCAGCCCACGCUCCGGGACUGCGCUCCCGCGGAGCACGUGGAGCUCUUCUUCCAGAAGAUGGACAGGAACGGCGACGGCGUCGUGACCUUCGAGGAGUUUCUGGACACGUGCCUGAAGGACGAGGACAUCAUGAGCUCCAUGCGCAUCUUCGAGGACGUGCUCUAGAGCGGGGCUUCGCGCCGGGUUUUCUAAUU